AUGGAAGCAUCACAUUUAGAUGGCAUGGAAGCCGAGGCGUUCGAACGACUAACAAUCAUCGCUACAAUUCCCCAAACACCAGUCCAAAGCUACAUUCAGGAAACGCUAGCAGCAAUCCUGGAUGAAGUAUCCUUCCGUGAAGGCCACCUCUCUAUUACCCUCAAACAGAGAGGUAAAAAGUUUGCCUCACUAUUCAUUAACCCACGUACAUUGGCCCUGGAGACGUCGGAGAUACAGACAUACACCACCUACAGAUGGCCCGGCGGCGAUAUGAACGAAGCAUUGAAAUUCACUGCCGCUCUUCGAGUCCUCGCGGCCAUCGCAGAGGCAGUUCAGGCGGGGUUGGUGGUCUCUAAGAGAGACAUAUACUACAGUGAUCCUAUCUGCUUCGGCUCCCAGAAAACCGUCGAUACACUCGUUGAUGACCUGGCACACACAAUGGGGGUGGAUCGUGCUGCAUUAUAUGUGGGGGCAGCAGCAAAAGGACUUGUCGUGGGAUACUAUCAGAUGACCACCACAAGCGCGGGAGUAGUGGACGCGCGGUUAUCAAACCAGGCCGUAUACCGUCGACUCGCAAGCAGCAACUACCACAUCAGAUCUGCAGCAGGCAAGGGCGUCCUCGUCACUGUAAGUGCUGAUACCCCUAUUACAUUCUAAGAGACAUACCAACCAUUCCAGGGAAAAGGAUAUCCUGAUCUCAGUACUCGGGCAUUCGUCCGUAAACUCUUCGACCACAGCCACCAACUCACCAAGAAACCGCAAUUCUACGCCUUAGUGGACGGUGACCCCGACGGCAUGGCCAUUAUGGCCACAUACAAGUAUGGCUCUGUGGCUUUUGCCCACGAAAACCGGAACUUGAAUGUGCCCGGUCUCCACUGGCUAGGUUUGAGACUAGCGGAGGUGGUUGCAGGAGCUGAUCCACUAGGCGAUGGCACGCUACUCCAUCUUACGAAGCGGGAUAGGAAGAAGGCCAUCGAUAUGCUGUCUAAAAAUCCUGUCUGGGAGGCUGAUGGACCGGAGCCGGAAUGGCGGGUCGAGCUGCAGCGAAUGCUCAUGCUGAAUGUCAAGGCAGAGAUGGAGAUCCUGUAUGACAUGGAGGGUGGCUUGACAGGAUGGCUAGAUAGGAAGCUGGUCCAUCUCAUACAAAACACAUCUAUGCAUUCCUGA